GAGGAAGGGCGAGCUAUGGAGUGAGCGCGAGAGGAAGGGGGUAAGAUAAGCUGAGCGAGCAGCAUCCCUUCAUUCGGCUCGCAGGAAGUCAGGAAGCGGCAACCUUAGUUUGAGGACGGAAGAGCAGCAGCAUCUCACCCACAGGGGGCGACGACACCCCUCUCUCUCUCUCUCUCUCUCUCUCUCUCUCUCUCUCUCUCUCUCUCUCUCUCUCUCUCUCUCUCACUCUCUCUCUCUGUCUUUCUCUCUCACACAUACGCAUCGCACACAUGCAUUCGUGAGAAGCCCGGCAGGAGGAACAACAGCGUGGAGAGCAGUCUCCUGAAGACUGGAGCAGGGCUGCGUCCAUCGCCUCCAUCCAUUGCUCCCUAUGCUCUCUGUCAUUCUUCGCUUGACCUCGGAUUCUCACCUCUCCGCUUCACCGUGAACCUCUCUGUCCGCUCGCGCGUGUUCUCGUUCGACGACUAACCAAAAGAAGGAAAAGGAAUUCCCAACGCCGCCAUGAACUUCCUCCGACGCCGCCUCUCCGACAGUAGCUUCAUGUCCAACCUGCCCAAUGGCUACAUGUCGGACCUCCAGAGGCCAGACCCACCUGCGCCCCCUCCUCCGACCGCCUCGUCCCCAUCCCAGCAAGGUCCCGCCGCGUCCCAGGCUCCUGCCCAGUCUCCCACCCAAGGCUCCUCUCAGGCCCCCGUCAGCUUGCCGGCUCCUCAGGAGCGCCGCCCGUCCCAGCAGGCUCAACAGCAGCCUCAACAGGCCCAGUCCUCGGCCUCAGCCACUUCCUCCUCCGGUGGCUCCUCUGGGUUCUUCAGCUCCUUCAGUUCCAUCACCAACGUAGUCAAGCAGACGGCGGCGUCUGCUGCCGGUUUUGUGGAACAGUCAGCUCCCUCUCCUUCCCUUUCCAAGAAGUUUAAGAUCCUCCUAGUCAUUGAUGAGCUGCAACAUGAGUGGGCCAAAGUGUUUCGGGGAAAGAAGAUUUUUGGGGAGUAUGACAUCAAAGUGGAGCAGGCCGAGUUCUCGGACAUCAACCUCAUUGCACAUUCAAAUGGAAGUUGCACCGUGGACAUGCAGGUCAUCAGAGGCGGUGUGAAAACGGCCAGAUCCUUUAGGCCAGACUUUGUCUUGGUCCGCCAACAUGCCUUCAGCAUGGCCCAGAACGAAGACUUUCGAAACCUAAUCAUUGGACUGCAGUAUGCCGGCAUCCCCUCCGUCAACUCACUGGACUCCAUCUACAACCUCUGCGAUAAACCCUGGGCUUUUUCCCAAUUGAUCAAUAAUCAAAAGAGGCUGGGUGCUGACAAAUUCCCUGUGAUCGAACAGACGUUCUACCCCAACUACAAGGACAUGAUCACAACGCCAAGUUUCCCUGUCGUGGUGAAGAUCGGACACGCCCACUCUGGAAUGGGAAAGGUCAAAGUGGACAACCUGAGUGACUUCCAGGAUAUCGCCAGCGUGGUGGCCAUCACGCAGACCUACUGCACGACGGAGCCGUUCAUCGACGCCAAGUAUGACAUCAGGGUGCAAAAGAUCGGCGCUGACUAUAAGGCGUACAUGCGAACAUCCAUCUCUGGUAAUUGGAAGAGCAACACGGGCUCGGCCAUGUUGGAGCAAGUGGCCAUGACUGACAAGUAUAAACUGUGGGUCGACACCUGUUCCGAGAUUUUUGGCGGCCUGGACAUCUGCGCCGUCAAGGCCAUAUGCGGCAAGGACAGCAAUGACUACAUCACCGAGGUGGUGGGCUCGUCUAUGCAGCUGGUCGGCGAUCACCAGGCGGAGGAUCGCCAACUCAUAUCCGAAGUGGUCCUGGCAAAGAUGACCCAGGCCCUUGCUGCCAAGACUUCUGCUGCUUCCCGCUCGCCCGCUCGUUCCCCUCAAGGCCAGAAGAUGACCGCCACAACAGCGCCCGCACAGAGUGGCGCUGUUAAACACGGAGUGGCAGACGCUAGCAGAACCACAGGCCAGCGUCCUCAACCUCAAGGUGCAUCAGUCAAGGCACAGAGUCUGGAGUCAUCAUCAGAAGUACUGAAGAGAUCUUCCGAGCCUCAAUCAAAGGCUGCCCAGUCCCAAAAACCUUCUCCAGGUCAACCCCAGAAAACAGGUCAGGCCCAGAAGCCAAGCCCGGUCCAGAAGUCCGCCUCGGUCACAAAGCCUCCAGUGCAGAGGCCUCCCCCCAUGACAAGAGCUCCCUCUGUCGCAAAACCCGCUCCAGAUUCUGCUUCCUCCACCGCCGCACCGGCCAAAGGUUCGCCAUCUUCCCCCGCUAAGUCGGCAGGUCCAGGCUCCCCUGCAGCCUCAACUGCUGCAUCUCCUUCAGUUUCAGCCCCUACCACGGAACAGCCCAAGCCCCAGCCCCCGGGCUCCCCGGCCCAAGCUCCGGGAAAGCCAAAGGAGCUACCGUCUAAACCCACUCCGCCCGCCAAGCCCAUCCCUCCUGUCCGCAGGAACUCCAAGCCGCAGCUGCAGCCAAAGCCCCAAACGCCGCCUGCUCCCAGAGCCUCACCCAAACCUCAGGCCGCCCCUCAAAACCCGGGGCCCGCUGAGGCCUCAGACGCUGCCUCGUCACCCGCCGCGGGGCAGGUCCAGUCACCAGCCAAAAUCAGCGAGUCUCCGCCUAAUGUGCAGUCUCCGGCCACGGCUCAGCCUCAGGCCAAGCCCGCCUCUCCAUCCCAGAACCCUGAGCCUGAAACUGCCGCUGAUCCUGCUGAGCCCCAAGAGGACCAGCAAGCGUCUCAGCCAAAAUCCCAUCCUCUGCUCAAUAAGUCCCAGUCACUGACCAAUGCCUUCAACGCCUUCAGCGACUCCUCCUUCUUCCGCGGCGUGUCCGGCUCCGGAGGCGGCGACGGCCAAGACGAGGCCAAGGCCGAGACCAUUCGCAACAUCCGGAAGUCCUUCGCCAGCCUUUUCUCUGACUAGACACCAACCUCUACCAACCUCCCGCCCUCUAAUUACUUCCCUCUCCCACUCCUCAUUGGCCAGCGACGGCUUGUUUGACAUGUCAAUGUGACACAGUCUGAGACGUAUGUGUGUUUUCAAUUUUAAGUGUACUGUACUGCCUUUGUCUGUCUGUCCUGCGUGUCAACAUGUUUGUGCGUCUGUGCGAGUGAACAGUGACGCACUCUGGCUCGGAUAUUAAGUGCAUGUCGCUGUGCCAGAGUAGGUGGAAUGAUGAGUUAUGUCACUGAUAUUCCCUAGAUAGCAUAGCAUAGCAUAUUACAGAAUAUAAUGUUUAUUUUCCCAAAGCACAUUAAAGAAACAGAGCUAUAUGAAAGUAUAAUAUACAAUAUUGACAGAAUGUAAAUAAAAGUAUAGAUGCAGUACACACACACACACACACACACACACACACACAUAUAUA